UUUCAGUUUUAAAUGAGAGAACGUAUUAGGUGUGUACGGUCGUGAUGUCGGAUAAUUUCGUCGUGUUUUUGCGAGAAUUUUUUGUUUACUAUUUUACACACCAACAACAAAUAAAGCUGUUGCUGUGGUGACAUUCAUUCAUUCAACAAACGAAUAAAAAAUACACAAAUUAAAGAAGAAAAUAUCGUAUUGCGAUAACAACAACUUCAACUACCGGGAAAUGUAGAUAGCCGUGUGUGUGUGUGAUUUAGAAAUUGCAAAAAACAAGUGGUCCCCCUUUUGAAUGUAACAUCGUAAGCGGGGAAAAGUGAAAAGCGGUAUCAAGUAAUUGUUAUUGUGAAUUUAUUUGUUUUAACAAAUUAAAGGUGAAAUAGCAACAACUAAAAGCCAUACAGUGAAGUUUAAAACAAAUUGGCCAAACUUAAUUUGGGAGCAAAUUGCUGUUUGACAAAAGUGAAAAAAAAACGUAAAAUUGUGAAAUGAUCUGCAAAUGAAACAUCAAUCAUUCGCUUUUAAUUGCAAACGAGAAAUUGUGAAUUGUGAAAGCAACAGUGUUAAUCUCCAUCAUCCCGUUCCAAUGAAAAAGGAAAUUUAACUAAUAAGUUAAGCAUCUAAGCGGAGCAAAAAUAUUGUGAAAGAAAAUCUUUAUUGUGUUACCGCCUUGCCUUGUUGGAUUAUACACGCAUACAUACAUACCCAUCUACCCAUUAUUAUUAUCCUCGGCAGCGUAUUGUGAUAUCUUCUCUCUACACUUUUGGGAUACAUAUCAAAUAAAUUUCUUUUUUGUUUAUAAUUUUUUUUCUCGAAAAAAUUAUUUUCAAUUCCACGACAAAAGAUUUCGAAAAUUGGCGAAAAAAUUAAAUGAAAAAAAUAUAAUUUAUUUUUGUUGUUUUAAUUUCGUUGUGACAUCCAUCCAUCGAUCGUGAGUGUUUCUGUGUGAAAUUAUUUUAAACGAAAGACGACGACGAAUGCGAGAAACAAAGAAGAGAAACGGCAAAAACAAGUUACAAGUUGAGUUGUCGGUUUGUUGGCUGACUGGCUGGCUGGUUAGUACGAAGUACUACGAGUGCGCAAAUGCUGUGUUGAGUGUGUGUGAGUGCGUGCGUCCGUGUGUGUGCAGCAGCUGGCCACAUUACAAGAGUCGCGAGUGAAACAAAAUUAACGAGCGAAAAGUAAGCCAAAAGAGAAAACAAUAAAAACAACGAAACGUAAAUACAACAACAAAAACAAGAAAACAACAUUUAGGUGCAAUGGAAUUCCUCGUUGUAAAGCAAAUCGCCAAAAACACCAACAACAACAACAACAGCUGCGACAGAAACGAAAAAACCACCACCAACACCAUCUUCGUCAUCCACUGCAAUAGCCCAAAGAAGGACUAAGCAGAGAAAAGGAAUAAAACACAAUUACAAUAACCCCAAAAAAGUGCCAAACAAAAGAAAUAUUUUCAAAACAAAAUUAAAAUUGAAAUCAAUCAACCCAAGUGCCUAUCCAUCCAUGCGCCACGAUCACGAAACUCAGUGGUGUCCACAAUGCCAGUCUAAGAAGUUUUAUGAGUCCUUUAAGUUUGAAUUUUUGAGUUUGUUUUUCUUCCUCAUUCCCCUUUUUGUUGUGUUUUGUGAUUUACAUGCCAUACACCCGCCCGCAAGCAACUAAAGAUUAACAAACAAGUGUUUUCUGUGCAAAAUUCCAACCAACGAAAAUUUCUCUUGCCGCCUUUGUGUUAUUCUCCCCCAGCCUUAAUUCUCUUCCAUUUUUUCUUUGGAACGCAACAACAACGCUCGCCUGCUGUACCGUUUGUUUUGAAUUGAAUUCAAAAUCUAAAUAAAAAAUUAUGAAGAAUAAUCAAUCGAAAACAGUUAAUAACAAUAAUAAUAAUAAUAACAACAAUAAUAACAAUAACUUGCAUUACAUUCACAUUAACACUAAAAACAACAACAACAAUAACGGCGGCUACAAACUCUCCAAAUCCGCCUCAUCACCCAAUCAUCUAAUUGCCCCACCAUUGUCGGCAUCAUCCAAAAAAGGCCUGAAAUCCAAAUCGAAAUCCCAUCGCCUGGUUGGCCGUUCUUCCAGCAACGGCAAUUACAACAACAACAACAAUAAUAACAACAAUCGCAGCGGCAAAAUGGGCGGGGGCACCAAGGAUGCCCGUCGCGGCUUAGAACCCCUCGAAUUCGAGGAAUGCAUCGUCGAUAGUCCAGAAUUUCGCGACAAUUUGAAUCGCCACGAAAAGGAAUUGGAUCACACUAGUCAACAGAUAAAACGCAUCAUCAAGGAGGUCAAGGAUCUGAUGAGCGCUGCAAAAGUCUUAUCCAAUCGCAUGAAACAGCUGGCAUACUCGCUGAAAGAAUUCAAUUUCGAGUGCAUCGGCACAGCCCAGACCGAUGAUGAAUUGGUCAUAUGUGAGAGUUUAAAGCAAUUUGGUGAUAUUAUCAGCAUGAUUGAGGAUGAACGGGAGAAAAUGUUGACACUGGCCGACCAACAUAUCAUUGAACCUCUGGAGGAUUUUCGCAAAAAACAAAUUGGCGGCGUCAAAGAGAACAAGAAAAAGUUUGACAAGAAAACGGAAAAGUUCUGCCAAUCACAGGAACGCUUCCUAAAUAUGUCAACCAAAAAGCCCGAAAAUACAAUACAAGAGUUAAGUGCAUCUGCCAAAUGCAAGGAGGCAGCUACAAAGGCUGCCGGCAGUCAGGCAGAGAAGUACUUUUGA